ACAGAAGCCGCUUCAGUCUCCGCUCUUCAUCUGUGUCAAGCUGCUGCUUAGUUUAGAUUUGUUCUGUUCUUACACGUACUUUUAGCUUCCUAACUUAUCUUUUAUUUAUCUGUCCGUCUGAACUCAACGUUAUCAAAAUGCUUUCUGCUCGCUCUCCUCUUUCCGUCAAGAAUGAAAACAAACUCAGCGGUCAGAUCAGCAACAUGUCGCUGGACAAAGAAAACACGCCGCCGAGCCUGAACACUACCCGCAUCUUGGCGUCUAAAACCGCGCGUAAAAUCUUCGACGAUCCUGCGCCCAAAGCUGUGAAGAAGAGCAGCAGUGAGGAGGAGCCGCUGCUGAAGGAAAACCCUCGCCGCUUUGUCAUCUUCCCCAUCCAGUACCACGACAUCUGGCAGAUGUACAAAAAGGCAGAGGCCUCUUUCUGGACUGCAGAGGAGGUGGAUCUGUCAAAGGACCUGCAGCACUGGGAGUCUCUGAAGGAUGAGGAGAGGUACUUCAUCUCUCACGUGUUGGCUUUCUUCGCUGCCAGUGACGGCAUCGUCAACGAGAAUCUGGUGGAGCGCUUCACCCAGGAAGUGCAGGUGACGGAGGCGAGGUGUUUCUAUGGUUUCCAGAUUGCCAUGGAGAACAUCCACUCAGAAAUGUACAGCCUCCUCAUCGACACCUACAUCAGGGAGCCCAAAGAGAGAGAAUACCUCUUCAACGCCAUCGAGACUCUGCCGUGUGUGAAGAAGAAGGCCGACUGGGCGCUCAACUGGAUCGGCAACAAGAGCGCCAACUACGGAGAGCGUGUGGUGGCCUUUGCUGCCGUGGAGGGAAUCUUCUUCUCUGGUUCCUUCGCUGCUAUCUUUUGGCUGAAGAAGAGAGGGCUGAUGCCCGGCCUGACCUUCUCCAACGAGCUCAUCAGCAGAGACGAGGGUCUGCACUGUGACUUCGCCUGUCUGAUGUUCAAACACCUGGUGAACAAGCCGUCCACAGAAACCGUCACCAGCAUCAUCAAGAACGCUGUGGAGAUCGAGCAGGAGUUCCUGACGGAGGCUCUGCCGGUGAAGCUGAUCGGGAUGAACUGCGAGCUGAUGAAGCAGUACAUCGAGUUUGUAGCUGACAGACUGAUGCUGGAGCUCGGCUUCACAAAGAUCUACCGGGUGGAGAACCCCUUUGACUUCAUGGAGAACAUCUCUCUGGAGGGAAAGACCAACUUCUUUGAGAAGCGGGUGGGCGAGUACCAGAGGAUGGGCGUGAUGUCCGGCCCCACAGACAACGCAUUCAGGCUGGACGCUGACUUCUGAGGACCGAGGUGCGCCGAGUCACACUCAGUCCCACAUUUCAGACUCCAUGCUUUGACUCUACACCACAGGAGGACACUGGAUGAUGUCCAGUUAAAACCAGGAGAAACAUUCAGUGAUAGACUGGUACUCUGCCGCUCACCUUUAGUUGUAAGUUAAAAUGAUUAGCUAUCAUUUCUGCGUUUGUGUGUGCAGCCCAGGAAGUAAUUGUUACGAUUGGUGAUGAACUUUCUCCGUCAGUGGUCAGCUUGUUUGGUCCUUUUGUACUCGUUGUCAUGAGAGGCUCGUGAGAGCCGAUGGGAUUAGCUUCAGCCUACAACACAAGUACAGUAAAUAAAUAGACUUUCACUGUUUAAGUCUUCAUCUUUCAUACAGGUGAUCAGGGUUUUGCAGUUUGUUUCUGUUUUCGUAGAUAAAGUUUUUUACCUGUAUUUUGUAAUGAAAUUUAAACUUCAGAUUUAUAUAUUAGCAAGUUUAGAUCUGUUAUUUUUCAUUGUUAAAUAUGUACAGUUAAAUCCUUUUUUAGAGAUGACCUUUGGUUUUGUAAUUGAAGUUAUGUAAAUGAGAACCUGUUUCCUUUACGAGCACAGCUGAUAAGAAUUUUUAUGUUUUGGGUAAAUGGAUUUACAUAACUACGUCUCCACUUUCUACGGCUUUGUUUUAAACGAAUGGCUGAGAAAUGAGAAUUAAAACUUGAAUUUAAUUCACUUUAUCUUCAGUGAAACAGUUGUGAAAAGAGUUUUUCAUCAGCUUAGGAGCGUCUCUGGUGAGAUUAAUGGAGGUUAAUGCUGGUGUUUCUUUCAUAAGACCAGACACAAACUGUUUUCACCAUUCUUUACCAGAGUCUUUCAUAGUCUUUACAUAAAAAAGAGCAAAUUUUAAUUGUUUAACAGCUUUAUUCUUUUUUUGAAGCGGACAUUGUAUCAAUGUACUGUUUGAAAUAAUUUAUACAUAGUAAACAUUUGGAUAUCUCAAUAGAAUAUUUUAAUAAUUUAGCUGCGCUGUUAUCAUUUGUUAAUCUACAGAGUAUUUUCACAACAAAUAAUUUGGGCUCUAAACGUCCAAAUGUUGUGGGGACAAAAAUAUCUAUUGCUAUAUCCUAGAAGUGCUUCACGUCACUGUUUAUAAUAACAGAACAAAAACUAAUCUUUUCAGCUCUAAAUUGAUGACAUGUUUGUUGACAAGUAUAGCAUAGUAAAAUCCAAGUCAGACUGACUAAAAUAAAUGUAUUAUAUGAAAUGUUUAGCCUUUUCAGGUGGUUAAAAUGCAUUUUAUGAACAGAACACUAAACAUGUAUGGAUAUAUUUGUAUAAAUAAAAUAUUUGCUCUCAAACAAUGAAGGACAUCCUUAUUCUGAAGAUGGAGCCUUUGUCCUGUCUUCCUCUUUAUACAAUGUUCAAUGUCCGUUCAGAGUAGUUCACAAGAAUAUUCACUAUCCAGUCAAUACCUCCCCAGCGGGUUUUACUGGAUAUAUUUUAAAGAAACUUCAAUCUUAGUUGACACAAUGUCACUAUAUUUAAGACCAGUUCAAAACUCAAAAAUGCAUUCAAAAGUACCACUGUAUUGGCAUCAAAAUAUUCUUAAAGUGCAAAAAGAAAAUGUAUUUCUGAAAUAAUGUAUGCAUGAUUGAAAUGAAGUUUGUAUGUAUGAAUGUUUGUAUAGAUGAAUGUAUGAAAGUCUGUAGGAAAGUAUGACUAUGAAUGUAAGUAUUGUAAGGAAAUGUAUGAAUGUACUAUGAAAUUAGGAUUAAAUGAAAGUAUGAAUGUAUGUUUGUUUGAAAUGAAAGUAUGUCUGAAAGUGACUGUAUGAAUGUAAGUAUUAAUUAUUGUAAGAAAUGAAAGUAUGUAUGUAUGGAUGAAUGUAUGUAUGAAAUUAAAGGAUAAAUGUAUGUAUGUAUGAAAGCAGGAAUGUAUGUAAAUAUGUAUGAAAUAAAAGUAUGUGUGUAUGUAUGUAUGGCAGUAUGUAUGAAAUGAAAGUGACUAUAAAUGAAAGUGGA